AUGAGUUGCUCGACUGCGCCCCACGAGUCCUGCAAUGUUAAUUUCACAAUCCUGACUGGAAAAGUCACAGACAUAGCUGACCAGCUGAAGAGCUUACGCUUGUCAGUUAAAGAAUUGACUAAAUGCUCUAAAGCUCAAACACUUGCCCAGACUGAACAAAAAUCGCAAGAAGACCCCCGUAUCGGAGCAAUUAUGAAAAAUCUACAAGAAACCAAAGAUAUCCUAUUAACACUACAACAAACACCACCACCCUCAAAACAAAUAAGUUAUGCCACACGAGAGGUUAAUGAGACAGUGAUGCGGCCUAUUGUUCACAUGAUCCAAAAACUAUUGUUAGAAAUCAAUGAACUCAAGGAAAGUAACACUGCCCAAACAGUAAUCCAAGGAAACUUAGGACUGGGCGCUGAACUUGCCAUAGCUGAUAUUAAAGAAAAAGUAGAUGAGCUAAGGAGAGACUAUGAUGAGAUACACAGUAAAACUGAAAAAACGAAUGAUGUUAAUACAACAUCGUCACAAACAAUGAUAAACAAGCCUCUUCCACACAAGUUGACAUAUGCAGAAGUUACUGGUACACCCCGAUAUACUAUGAUUCUUGAGUCCAUUGACCCACGAUCGACGAGCGAUGAAAUUAUGAAACAGGUUAGAAAAGAUAUCGACCCUGUGGACCUUGGCGUGCGGGUAAACAAAAUUACAAAACUCAGGAAUCAGAGAGUAGUCAUUAAUUGCGAUUCCCACCGGGACCAACAAAUAUUAAAAACAGCAAUUAGAGACACAUGCAGUAAAAUAACGAUAUCAACACCAUCCGUUAAGCAUCCACAGUUGCGCCUUAUAGGAGUAACAAAUGACCAUUCUGCAAGAAAGCAGUCACCCUUUACAAGACAGUGUCUCGGGCCGCACGGGCACAAUGGGGAUUAA